CGCCAUUCCAUUGUACUCGCCGCGGCAUCGCAGCCGACAUGGAGAAGCUACAGGAGUUGAGUCUGGUGUCGAAGGUGUGCUCGGAGCUGGAGAGCCACUUGGGUAUGAGCGAUCGCACGAUUGCCGAGUUCAUCAUCAACAUGGCCCGAGAAUCCGCGGACGGCAAGAAGUUUCAUGCUACGUUGAAAGAGCAAGACGCAGAAGUGCCCGAGAAAUUUGCCCUCCAUCUUUAUCAGGUGAUCCACACGAUGUCAAAGAAACCGAAAGUCGCCAAGACGAGUGUCAUGCCAGACAAGAACAACCCGUUUCCAGGCCUUGCGCGACCCAACACAAAGCCCAUCAAUGACGAAGAGAUCGAUAUUGACGACAUUCCAGGGCUGCACCCAGAAGACAAAGCACAAGCGCUUCCUCCUCCAUCGUCCAGUCGUCCCCGCGACGACGACAGGAGAGAUCGUCGGCGUGCCUCGCCACCUCGGCGCUCCCACUACUCGUCGUCGCGAAGGAGUCGCAGUCGGUCGCCGGAUCGCAAGUAUGGCGGCAGCAGCCGUCGUCGCUCUCGAUCCCGAUCUCCCCGUGGCAGUAGCUCAAACGGUCCGAUCGAAAUGCACGGCAUAUACCGGGGCCGCGUUGUCAAGAUCAUGGAUUUCGGCGUAUUCGUCGAGCUGGAACACCGCGACCGCCAUGAAGGCCUCGUGCAUGUGAAAAACUUGAGCGACAAGGUGCGUGUGUCGAACGUGCGUGACUUUGUCCGGCGCGGCGACCGCGUAUGGGUCAAAGUUAUCAGCCAGGCAGGGUCGAAGCUGUUGUUGUCGAUGAAGGACGUGGACCAGACCACCGGUCGCGACUUGCUUCCACAGCGGAGCGGCGGCAGCGAUGUCGCCCGCGACACCAAGGCUUGGGUGAAUGCGUCUGCGCCCGGCAUGCAACAGAGCGCGCAAGACGCGUACGAGAACGAGAAGCCGCGCGCGGCGAAGCGACUGUCGUCCCCCGAACGGUGGGAAAUCCGCCAGUUGAUCAACUCGGGCGUGCUCCCGAUGUCCGAGUACCCGACCUUCGACGAGGAGCAGGGGGGAAUGCUCGACAUCGAAGAGACAGAGGAGGAGUUUGAGGUCGAAUUGAACGAGGAAGAGCCGUUGUUUCUACGUGGCCAGACGAAAGCGAGCAUGGAGGUGUCCCCGGUCAAGAUUGUCAAGAACCCGGACGGGUCCCUGUCGCGCGCGGCCAUGACGCAGUCGACGCUGGCGAAGGAGCGGCGCGAGAUGCGUCAAACGCAGGCAAACCAGUUGCUCGAUUCGAUUCCGAAAGACUUGAACCGGCCAUGGGAAGAUCCGAUGCCGGAAGCCGGGGAGCGCCAUUUUGCCGCCGAGCUGCGCGGCAUGCACAUGGGCGGCGCGGCGUUCGACAUGCCCGAAUGGAAGGAAAAAACACAGGGGAAAGCGUCGCUCAGCUACGGCCACGUCUCGUCCAAGUCGAUGAUCGAGCAGCGCGAGUCGCUUCCCGUGUUUAAGCUCAAGCGCCAACUCAUGGAAGCGAUUCAAAACAACCAAGUGCUCGUUGUGAUCGGGGAAACCGGGUCGGGCAAAACGACCCAGAUGACGCAGUACAUGGCCGAGAUGGGGCUCACGGCCCACGGCAUCAUCGGGUGCACGCAGCCUCGGCGCGUCGCUGCAUCGUCCGUCGCCAAGCGCGUCGCAGAAGAGUUUGGAUGUGCGUUGGGGCAAGAAGUCGGGUAUUCCGUCCGAUUCGAUGACGUGACGUCGCCCGACACGGUCAUCAAGUACAUGACGGAAGGGAUGCUCAUGCGCGAGUACUUGGCCGACAACCAAUUGCGCCGGUACUCGGCCAUCAUCCUCGACGAAGCGCACGAGCGCGGGAUUAACACGGACAUCUUGUUUGGCUUGCUCAAGGCGCUCCUGAAAACGCGGCCGGAGCUCAAGAUCGUCGUGACCAGUGCCACCCUGGACGCGGAGAAGUUUUCGCGUUACUUUUUGGACUGCCCGAUCUUUACAAUUCCUGGGCGAACGUUUCCCGUCGAGAUUCUGUACACAAAGGAGCCGGAAGCCGACUACUUGGACGCUGCCCUCAUCACCGUCAUGCAGAUUCAUCUGAGCGAGCCGGAAGGCGACAUCCUCGUGUUCCUGACGGGGCAGGAAGAAAUUGACACAGCGUGCGAGGUCUUGUACCAGCGCAUCAAGGCGCUUGGCGCCCUCGCCCCGGAACUCAUUAUUUUGCCCGUCUACGGGGCGCUGCCGUCGGAAAUGCAGACGCGGAUCUUUGAACCUGCGCCCAAGGGCAGUCGCAAGUGCGUCGUCGCGACCAACAUUGCUGAAGCGUCGCUCACGAUCGACGGCGUUUACUACGUUGUCGACCCCGGGUUUUGCAAAGAGAAAGCGUUCAAUGCGAAGGUCGGGAUGGACUCGCUCAUCGUGGUACCGUGCUCGCAAGCGUCGGCGCGCCAACGCGCCGGCCGUGCCGGCCGCACGGGACCGGGCAAGUGCUACCGCCUGUACACAGAGAACGCGUACAAGAACGAAAUGCUUCCGACUGCGGUGCCGGAGAUUCAGAGGUCCAAUUUGGGGAUGGUCGUGCUCCAGCUCAAAGCGAUGGGAAUCAACGACCUGAUGGGAUUCGACUUUCUCGACCCGCCACCGGUGCCGGCCUUGGUCAGCGCCAUGGAAAACUUGUACGCGCUCGGCGCGCUCGACGACGAAGGCCUGCUCACGCGCCUCGGCAAGAAGAUGGCCGAGUUUCCCAUGGACCCUCAAAUGGGCAAAGUGCUCUUGACGAGCGUCGUCCUGGGCUGCGCAGAAGAGAUCCUGACGAUCUUGAGCAUGCUGUCCGUCGAGAACAUUUACUUUCGGCCGAAAGACAAGCAGGCGGCGGCCGAUUCGAAGAAAGCCAAGUUUCACCAGCCUGAAGGCGACCAAUUGACUCUCCUGGCCGUGUACGAAGCAUGGAAGCACGCCAAGUUUAGCAACCCAUGGUGCUACGAGAACUUUAUCCAAGCGCGGGCCAUCCGCCGCGCGCAGGACGUCCGGAAGCAGCUCCUGUCGAUCCUCGAUCGAUUCAAGAUGGAGGUGGUCAGCGCUGGGAAAAACUACAACAAGAUUCGACGUGCUAUUGUGUCGGGGUACUUUGCCAACACGGCAAAGAAGGAUCCGCAGGAAGGGUAUCGCACGAUGGUCGAAGGCCAGCCCGUCUACAUCCACCCGUCGUCCGCACUCUUCAACAAGAAUCCCGAGUGGGUGGUGUACCAAGAGCUCGUGCUCACGACGAAAGAGUACAUGAGGAACGUCAUGGCGAUCGAGCCCAAGUGGCUGGUCGAACUCGCGCCCGCGUUUUUCAAGAAGGGCGACCCGACCAAACUCACAAAGCAGAAGAAAGCGCAAAAGAUCGAGCCUCUCCACGACCGAUUCAACCCCCCCGACUCGUGGCGCCUCAGCAAGCGGCGUGGGUAAGCGCGGUGCACGCCCGUGGUGGCAGCUACUGUAAACUCGACACGGACGACCGUCGAUUUCCCAGUUUUUUAAUCACGUGUCCGGCUCUGACA